UUUAACACACCUUCCUUGGGCAGAGUCUCUUUCAGAAAAGGCCUCUGUGGGCGACUUGCACAUUGUACCUAGGGCCNCUCAGCAGCCCAGCCUUCNAAGACUUAAGUGGUACUGGAGCUCCCGAGAGACCAGAGUGACUGAGGAUGGUACUGGUGACCUUGCUUGGACUCAGCUGGUUCUGUUCACCCCUGGCAGCUCUGGUUCUGGACUUUAACAACAUCAAGAGCUCCGCGGAUGUGCAAGGCGCUGGGAAGGGCUCGCUGUGUGCAUCAGACAGGGACUGCAGCGAAGGGAAAUUCUGCUUCGCGUUUCACGAUGAACGGUCUUUCUGUGCCACGUGCCGUAGAGUUCGCAGGAGGUGUCAGAGGAGCUCCGUGUGCUGCCCAGGAACGGUCUGUGUGAAUGGACAGGAGGGAGAAAGCUGUCUUAGAACCUCUGACUGUGGCCCUGGACUUUGCUGUGCUCGCCAUUUUUGGACAAAAAUUUGCAAGCCAGUUCUACGAGAGGGACAAGUCUGCUCCAGGAGGGGGCACAAAGACACUGCUCAAGCCCCAGAAAUCUUCCAGCGUUGUGACUGUGGGCCUGGACUAAUGUGCCGAAGUCAGGUGACCAGUAACCGACAACAUUCAAGGCUAAAAGUAUGCCAAAGAAUAUAAGUUGUGUUCACACAGAAUCCCUGGCACUAAUUUUAUUAUAUUUG